GGAUGAGUGACAAGCAGCAGUGCCGUCUUGUCACGUUGGUGAGGUGUGGCGGUUUAGGGAAAGCCCUGCGCCUUGGUAAGGCUGAUAACAAAAGUCGGCGUGGGCCCGCGGCUGGUGGUUGCCUGGGCGCGCGCUGGUAACCACCUCAGUGUGCUCUGCGCUGGGCUUAGCUGCGGAACUUUGCUGCCUUCUGACUGUGCCGUGUGUGUGUGGGUGUGGUGUAGUGUGGUACAGUUGUGGCGCUGCCACUGUGGGGUGUGGUGGAGGUCGGUAGGACCGUAUAGCGUGGUCGGUGAGGAGUGCUAGCCGACACCGCAACCAUGGGGUGCGCCAUGUCUGCGGAGGAGCGUGCCGCUCAGGCCCGCAGCAAACAGAUCGAAAGGAACCUGAAGGAGGAUGGGAUUCAGGCGGCGAAAGAUAUCAAGCUUCUGCUACUGGGAGCGGGAGAGUCUGGAAAGAGCACCAUUGUGAAGCAAAUGAAAAUCAUCCACGAGUCUGGUUUUACCCCCGAGGACUUCAAGCAGUACCGGCCGGUGGUUUAUUCCAACACCAUCCAGUCCCUCGUGGCCAUCCUCCGAGCCAUGCCCAACCUCGGAAUAUCCUUCGGCAACAACGAGCGAGAGCCCGAUGCAAAAAUGGUGUUCGACGUGAUCUCCCGCAUGGAGGACACAGAGCCCUUCUCGGAGGAGCUACUGUCGGCCAUGAAGCGCCUCUGGGACGACACGGGCGUGAAGGAGUGUUUCGGCCGCUCCAACGAGUAUCAACUCAACGAUUCGGCUAAAUAUUUCCUGGACGACUUGGACCGCCUGGGUGCUAAGGAGUACCAGCCCACAGCACAGGACAUCCUGAGGACCCGCGUCAAGACCACUGGCAUCGUGGAGGUUCACUUCUCCUUCAAAAACCUCAACUUCAAGUUGUUUGAUGUUGGUGGACAACGCUCAGAGAGGAAGAAGUGGAUCCACUGUUUUGAGGAUGUGACAGCCAUCAUCUUCUGUGUGGCCAUGUCUGAAUAUGACCAAGUGUUGCACGAGGAUGAGACCACAAACCGCAUGCAAGAAUCACUGAAGCUUUUUGAUUCAAUUUGCAACAAUAAGUGGUUUGGGGAGACGUCAAUCAUCCUAUUUCUCAACAAGAAGGAUCUCUUCUUGGAUAAGAUUGAGAGGUCUCCACUCACCAUCUGCUUUCCAGAGUACACAGGUCCAAUGGAAUACAAUGAAGCUUCAGCAUACAUUCAAGCCCAGUUUGAGGCUAAGAAUAAAUCAACCAACAAGGAGAUCUACUGCCACAUGACCUGUGCUACUGACACCACUAACAUCCAGUUUGUGUUUGAUGCUGUGACGGACGUGAUUAUUGCCAACAACCUGCGAGGGUGUGGCCUUUACUGAAGUGUUUGUGUGGAGCUUCCAAGAUGUAGGAGCAAUUGUUUGUUACUUAGGCCAAGUCCUCCUCAAGAGGCAUUAUCUUGACUAAGAUCAUAAGGCUGUUAUGUUGAUAUCAGUGUUGUUAUCUCAACAUAAGUUUUAGUAGUCAAAGAAAGUUUUAAAAUAUUUAUGAAAAUAUUAAGACAAGACAACAACACUGAUUUACUUGUUAUUAAUUCUUCCCUCUCAUUUCUCCUCAAAAGUCCUGAACUAGUUUGGCAAGCAUCAAUUGAAAUCACAAAACUUUUCUUCUUUUUAUUUCUGUUUUUAAGAAUGCAUAUAAGACUCAUACUUGAGCCUUUUCCUUUCCAAGUUUAUUUAUGUGAGUGUGAUAUUACUGAAAUGAAAGUACUUUUUAAAAAAUUUUACUGCUACAAAAUUUAUAUAACUUUGUAUGUGUGGGCUUGUGGCUGUGAAUGUGAGUGAUAGCACUGCACAGGGUUCCUUACCACCAUCAUGCAAGUUCUUUGUGUUAUUCACUCUUAUUAUUAUUGCAACAUGUAGAAUGCUUUCUCAGAAUUGUGUUCUAUAUCUUGGCAACUCUGCUCAACUGAAUUAUUUAAAUGAUAACUUUUCCUUUAUAUUGAAUUACACUCUUAUGGACACUUUAUUUUAUAUUUUUAUAUUCUUCUUUGUUAGCUUAAGAAAAGAUUAUUUAUUACCUAUAAUGAUUUAAUGAAGAAAAGUACUACAUUUUCUCUUAAAAAGACUUAAAUGUUCUGGCUUGUAUUGCCUUGUUUUCCUUGUGCCUUGCUUAGGAGAACACAAAGGCAUUUCUCUUAUUUUAUCUAAUGUAAACGAUGGCCAGUAUUAAGUUAUCACUGAACUUUUUGUUCCCUCUCUUUUCAGAGUCCAUAUUCAGUUUGUGUGUGCCAUUGUAACAAUGUUUUCUUUUUCCACACAACAUCUGUUGAUUGCCAUAACUUUAUUUUUAUGUACCUGGAUAAAAAGGGUUUAGCAGACUCUUAAGCCAAAAGCCUUUUCCACUUUUUCUUUUGUAUCAGCUGAAUUUUUUUUUCAUUUUUUAUUUACUCUGAAAAAACAGGUCUUUAAUCAUCCCUUCAUUUUUUAUAACAUAUGUAUUCAAUCAGUUGUUUACCUGCUUAUAAGUUUGUACGCAUCAGAGUGAGGAAUAAUAAUAAUGAAACAUAUAUGGUUUAGCAUCACUGGCUGCUGCAUGCAAGCCUUGAUGGAAAACACAUUCUUAAGUUUAUAGAUCAAUUUGCUACAUUCCUAUACCAUCACAUGAUGUGGUAUUUGUGUGCUACUGUGAAUUAAAUGCAAUAUAAAGAGACCUACACAAAUUAACAACACUGGCAGUAAAAAACUUCACAAUCAUAUAGAUACAUUGCAAGCUUUUCCUUCAUAGUUCACUGAAAGGCAUAUAUUUUGUAAGCAUAUGACAUUGACUGUAUAUCUGAAAAGUUACUGCAUGUGUGAUUGUGUGAAGAGAUGCAUUAUUUGUAUUCAUAGAUCUAUUAAAUAUACUUUGGAAGUGGUGAGGAAGUCAGUCGUCUUUCAUGGAACAAUAACAACGUCACAGAUGCUUAUCAUUAACACACUCAACACUAUGGAAUGUUUUUGUGUAUCAUCAGAUUUAGAAGUUUUGUACUGUAUAAGUAGCAUGUCUUGUAUUAUUGUGUAAUUUUUCCUAAAGAUAUUUGUUUUAAUCUUACACACAGCUUUGAGAUUUAGGUUUUCCACAGUCCUCAAUACCUGGAAAUCAGGUGAAUGACACCUUUAGGCCAGGAACUUUAAAGUUGAAAAUAAGUUGAGAGCAGCACUUUAAGCUGACAAUCCUCACUUGAUGAUCACACUGUUUACAGGUUCACACAGCCUCCUCAAAGUUUCAGCUGUAAUUAUUAGAAUAAGCCAUUUUGACUUUUGGCUAUAACACUGAGGAGUUCCCCUAUUUUUGGUCUCACAUCAUGUUUUUACAUUUGCAUUGUCUAUUUUUUUUCAUUAUAUACUUAUUUGUAUAAUAACCAUCAUGUUUGAUAAUACAUAGUAGAAUUCCAGCCAAUAUCACGUUCAGAACUAGAAGUGACUCUAAAACUGACAGAAGAAUUAAUUGCUAUGUACCAGCAAGUCCGUGUUAGUACACAAAGUAAAGUCCUUGAAGAAAAAAUGUGAUGGUGUCUUUGGAAUAUCAGGAUUUUUCUUCAUUUAGAAACUUCUCAUUCAAAACAUUAAUCUUCAUGAGGUUGUGAUUUAAUAUACUAACAGAUAGAUAAAUAAUGGUCAGAUGUUAUUUUCUUAAUUUUUCAUUGGUUUAAUGAUAUACUGAGCAUUAAUUAUGUAACAGAUGAAAAGAAGUGACUUGCAAGUCUGGUAGAUAUAGGUAUUUUAUUUCCUUAUCAUAUACAGACAAGAUUUUAUAACCUUUCUCACCCCAUUGUACAAACUGGAUAACAUGAUCAUCACUUAAUCUCUCCUCUUAUAAGACUUUUUAUCUCUGUACAGAUCAUGAUCAUGUUCUCCUGUUUAGGAUACAGAAAUAGGGGGAAUUUCCAGGUGCCAGGAUGAGGCCCCUUCCUCUCAUAAUUGUCCAGGAGGUGGUGGUGGUGGUGCAGCAGUGUGGUGGGAUGCAGCAAUUAAGGGAAUACUGGGAAAGUUGCUGCAAGUAUGAAUGUUGUGACUUACCUUUGAUUUUAUUCAGCAUAGAAUACAUACCAUUAUAUAUGACUUGUGUAGCACUGUAGGUCUUGUGUGUGUGUGUGUGUGUGUGUGUGUGUGUGUGAAGAAAAUGGAUUUACAUGCACUCUCAAUGGUGUGUGUAUGCCUGCAUAUAUGUAUUAUACUAUCAAUUAAAUGUAGCACAAAAUUAGGUACACCUAGGCCCAAUAUGAUAAUGGAACUUUUAGUAAGCAGUAAAUUACUCUGGCUAUGAUAAUGUAGGAACAUCCUUCUGCAUCCCACCACACCAAUGUAACCAAACAAACCACUCAAACAUACAUCAAAUAUAUGUACACACUCCUUUUGAUAAGGUUGUAGUUUUGUGUCAGAAAAAUAUUGUGUAAAAGUUGUAUUUCAUAAUAGUCAGCAAGAUGGUAUGUAUAAAAUAUCUCACACAUGUUCUAUGUUUAUGCCCUACAGCACUGCAGGAGCUAUGACAAAAUACUAAUUCUUUGAAAAAAUAAGUCUUGGACCAUGCUUGUGUUGUUAUAUGGUAUGUAAUGAUCUGUCUCUUGAGAAAAAUUAAAUAUGAACAUAUUCUUAGUUUGUAAAGCUGUUCUGUAGUCUCAUAAGGUAAACCGGAGAGUGAGCAACUGAAAAUGGUUGAAAAAUCCCUUAUUCAUCUGUAGCCUUUCUAGAAAUUACUCCAUCAUUAUGUAGGUUAAGUAACAUAAAUACUAAUGUUAAUGUUAAAUAACCCAUCCUCUCAUUGUACUGUAAGUUACUGCUCAGUUUUGUACAGCAUUUGUCUAUGUAGGAUGUUUUGCACUUGUGUCUAUUAGAAGUCAACAUUGCUUCUGUUUGAAGACUUGUGUUUGAGUCUCUGUACAACAAUUUUAGCUCUCUUUAUGCCUCUAUGUUAGGCACUCCUGUGGUGAACAAUGUGUGUACUAGCCAAGAGAUGUGUAGCUGAGGCUCAGUUUGUAUCAGACUGAGCAAGAGUGAGAUAAAUGUAAUUUAUUUCA